AUGAUCCCCGCUGCUAUCCUCUACUCUUCACUCCUUGGUUCUCUGGUCUUUUCCUGCAGACUUCAAGGAUCCUUGGGGACUAGGUUCGAACGCCAUCCUGUCUCCCUUUCCCUGUCUCGUCCUGAUGUUACCUCCGUCUCAAGACUGCGGGGAGGUGCUGACGAUCUAGAUCUGAGCAGUAGCUCGGAUAACGUUCUCUUGUACCGAUUUGCCCCUGGGUCAAAUGCGACGUUGGAGGAGAUGGCAAGGGAAUUCAAGAAAGAGACGUUGGAUGCAAUCAGACCCACGUUUCCUGACGUCAGACCGGAUGAGGAGUUUGAUAGUCAAGGACGAAAUAUCUACGACAUGAACUUCGUUUGUAAUGUUAGGGAGCCUGGCGCAGAAGGGACUGCGGCGAGUAAGUGGAGGUUUAUCGUAGGAGGCCUCAGCGACCAGCACUUGGUCGCCAUGCACACUGACCACAAGACGUUGUUAAGCUUCUAUGGACUCACUCCUGAUGCUCUCGUGAGAAUGAUGCCGAAAGAAAACGCAGGCUCGUACUUCUUGUUCUCGGACUCCAGCUGCAUCCUGACCGACAGGCAUUGCCCCUGGCAAAACUGCACUUUACGGUCGGAGACGGAAUACAUUCACAACAUCGGGAAAAUUUUCGUGGAUGCUCUGCUGCAAGGAAAAGGCUUCUACAUGCCUGAUGAGGGAAUCCUACUGGGGCCCUACUGGUACUGGAGGAAUGUUGGGCCGUACAUUCUCAUAACUCACG